AUGCGUCAAUACUGGCGUUUCAUUUUAAAGUGGCUCAUUCUCAUAGGAACGUUAACAAUAGCAUUUAAAGUAUGUUGUGAUAGUUUAGUUGACAUUUUCUUAUCAGUAUCAAGUACUUCGUUAGUAAAUAUGGAAGAUAGAAAUGCAGAUUCCAAUUACGAAAAGUCUAUUAUUGCUUGGGCAACACAUGGUCAACGUUUAAACAACGAAAAAUUAUCAGUUGGAAGUGCGCAAGAACGAAAUGAUUUGCAAUUGAUAGGCAUGCAAAUCUUUUUCCGACAUGGAGCUCGAACUCCAAUCAAUUUACUACCUAGCCUUGAAGAGGUAGUUUACAGCAAAGAACAAAUCGAAAGUUAUCCGCCAUCCAAAUGGGAUAUAAAAUUAAUUACAAAGAAAAAUGAUGAAAUUGAAUCAAAAGAUAAAGUAUUAUCGGCUAGGGAUGUUAUUGCAGCUAGAUUUCAAAAGUUAAAAUCAACAUCAACUGACACUGUAACAACAGGUCAAUUGACAUCUGUUGGAGAAAAACAAUUAUUUCAACUUGGAAGACGUUUAAGAUCUGAAGUAAUUGAUGUUCGUAAUAAUAAUGGACUUAUACCGAAAACAUACGACCCAAAAUAUGUCUAUUGUCGAUCGACAUAUAUGGAUCGAACCAUAGCCAGUGCUCGAUCAUUCCUUGCUGGUCUUUUCUCAUCCGAAGAAUCAGAUAAUAAAAUACAAGCUACUGGUCCAUUUGAAAUUGAAGUUCAUCAUUUUCCCGAUGAAGAUAUGUUUCCUAAUCCAAAUAUUGCUCCCAUUCUAAGCAAAUGUCAUACUGUUAAAUCUCUUUAUACGUCGUUAACUGAUGAUCACGAAUUAAAAAAAGCUCGACAAACUCUAAUUAAUCGUAUUGGCCUAACUGAAUAUCCACAUGGUAUUAUUGAAUUGCACGAUGAUAUUAUUUCGAGACAAGCUCAUAAUUUUACUGUCCCAAACGAUCUACUUAAAUUAACACAAGAUUUUGAAAUACUGUCUGCGCGUGAAUAUGUUUACCGGGCUACAAAUAUUGGUUUUGAUUUAUUUAUCCGUUCAAGUUGUGGAUCAAUUCUUUAUUUAAUCAGAGAAAAUUUUAAUUUUAUAUUAAAAAAUUAUCUCGAUGAAAAAACUAAUGGUUCAAAAAAGCAAUAUCAGAAAUUUUUCAUCUAUUCGGGUCAUGAUAGUACAAUAAUUCCAUUAGCACUCGCAUUCGAAAUUUUUGAUAUGCGUUGGCCAAGAUAUGGUGCAUAUAUUGUUUUGAAAUAUUUUAUUUCAAAAACAAAUAAAAGUGAAACAUAUGUGACAGUUCAUUUUGAUGGCGAGCCACAGAUAUUACCGGACUGUGAAGAUCACUAUUGUUCGUAUUCAACAUUUUUAAAAAGUCUUCAAAAUCGUAUUGAUAAACCUAAAAAAACAUAUCAAGCAUAA